AGAGGGCAACACAGAUCACGGUAGUCCCAUACGUUGACCCAGUCGGUUGUGCUUCAACAGUUGCUCCUGCAGUUAUCCGUUUAAAUCCAGUGAAUUCCCCGCAAUCCUCAGUUUCGAAAUGGCCGAGAAACCAAAGCGUCCCCUGUCAGCGUACAUGCUGUGGCUGAACUCUGCCCGCGAACAGAUCAAGAAGGACAACCCCGGAAUCAAGGUGACGGAAAUCGCCAAGAAGGGCGGCGAACUGUGGAGAGCCAUGAAGGACAAGAGCGAGUGGGAGGGCAAGGCCGUCAAAGCGAAGGACCAGUACACCAAGGCCGUCCAGGAAUUCGAACGGAACGGCGGCAGCAAGGACUCCGGCAAGAAGGGCAAGGCGAAGGUCUCUCGGAAGAGCAAGAAACCGGACUCCGACGAGGAAGAGGAGGAUAGCGAUUGAUCGACCAGUUGGAGCGAGAGCGAGCACCUCGGCUACUUAAUUAACAAUAAGUAUUGAUACGAAUAAUAUUAGCUUCAAUCUAUUGUACAAAUGUUCGAGGCCAUAUCUGCCGUAUUCUUUAGUUAUUUAAAGAAUAUUUUUAAGGUUGCUGUCUUGUGUAUAAGGUGUCUGUAAAAUCUUGAAUAUGUUCCAAUAAAGAAUCUGAAGAAUUAAAAA